AUGAAGCCUACGGAUGAUUUGACGAGUUUUGCAGAGUAUGCAAAGCAGAAUAACGUAACAGUUUGGGCGUGCAACUUCGAGCGCUACGGCCUGACUCUCCCUCUCACAUCUGACCAAACAGACGAAGAAGUUCAGCUAGAAACUGAGGAUCUCCUACUCAAUCUGGUGGAUCUUAACUACAUUCCACUUCCUCAAUAUUUUUUGAAGUAUGUCCAACUUGAAAAGAGAAAUUAUGAUCUACUCGGAUUCGAUGAAAUAUAUUAUAUUAACUUGGAUAGACGCCCUAAAAGAAGAGACGCCAUGGAAAAGAAGUUCGAAAUCGCCAGGAUUGGACCGUUGACCCGAGUACCGGCUGUGGACGGACGCGAUCUGAACGAAUCAUACCUCAUCGACAACAAUAUCAGGCAAAACGAAAUGUUUUGGAGCCCAGUGAAUGGAGGGAAACUUACGAUGGGAGAGAUCGGAUGCUUUUUAAGUCAUUAUAAAAUUUGGAUGGACGUUAUUAAGAAAAAACAUAGCAAGGUGUUGAUUCUGGAAGAUGAUUUUUGGUUUCACUCCAAGUUUCGGCUGCGCGUGUACAAGUUACAUGAAGAAAUUAGACGCCUGAAUCUUCAGUGGGAUACCAUAGCUUUGGCAAGAGUCAAUGAACUGGACGAUGAAAAACUGCUCGCUGGCUCGGAGUACAUCUUACAGCCGAUGUUCUACCAGUGGAUGUUGGCUUACAUGCUCAGCUUCGAGGGAGCCAAGAAACUUUUGGCCCCUAAACCUCUUUCGAAUAUGAUUCCAGCGGACCUUUACAUAACUGUUCUGGCGGGACAACUUCCAAUGGACUUUGCAUGGACUUACCAGAACCACAACCUACUGAGCUACUCAUCCCACCCCACUUUCGGCUACCCUGUGUACAUAGACGGCGCUGACUCUGCCUUUCUAAGCGACACGCAAGAACGGGAAUCUGUAACGGAAGAUCUUAACGAUACAUGAAAAUACAUAGAAAAGGAUAA